AUGCUUUCGAUAAAUUCGAUUGCUGCUGGUACAAUCACGUCUUGUUGGAGCGACGUUUUUUCUAAACAAUCUAGAAAGCGUUCAAUGAUUCUUGCUUUCAUCUUGACUCUUCUAGUCGUACCGGAUGGUACAAAUGGUAUGAUCUUCAGUGAAUUCCUGAAGAAUUAUCGAGAUCUGGUGGACAUUAGCUCGUUGAAGACAUGCUGGAUGCUUGGUGGCGAUGGUAUUCAACAAGUUAAUCCGAAGAACGAGCAGAAAGGAUACCAAUGCACUGUUAAGCUGAGAGCGUGGUCGACAAACGAGAAAGACGUCAAGGAUGCUUGCAUGAGUCGGAUCCCAUACUACAUCACACAUGCUAAGCCAGAAAAUGCUGAGACUUCUUGCACGUUCCAAAUGAAUCUCCACUGUGACGACAACUACUGGCAAAUCCACGGACGAUGCUACAGAGUGUUCGACGGAAAGUACACAUUCGAGGAGGCUCAGCAAAUGUGCUCCGAAAAAAUUCAAUCGAAGAGCAAGGAGUUUGAACCUAAUCGUCAACUUCUACGCCAGCAAAUUGAACAUUCUGCUGAACGACAUGGAAGGUAUCUAUGAUGCAUGGGUUACUGUCCCAAAUAUCAAAGAUUAUUUCACCAAUGGACAAGGAGAAGCCGAAGUUUAUGUCCAGGACUCGGCGUACAAGUAUGACGUCCGUCCGGGAAGCAUCAUGAUGGAUCGGCUGGAAGGCAGGCAUCAGGUACUUUGUGAGUACAAACCUGCGAUGACCAUGGCCGAGAUGUUCUACAUGGCAAAGUUGUACUCGGAGAUCUACCCGAUUCAUGUCUACACUCAUGGAGCCAUUUUCACUUCUGCCAGUUACUUGACAGUCACUCAACGCUCGCUGAUCAAGAACACAGGUGGACCGACUCAGUACGGCGAUGAGAUUGAAAAGUUCGACACGAGUGAGCUCAAUGAGAAAUGCAAGCUUCUCGGGAACAUUCUCAAUGUGGACAGCAUUCCGAUGGUUCCGACUGAAAACGAGCAAAAUUACGUCAAACAUCUUCUCACCGAUCAUCAAUUCUACAUGACAAGUGGAUUUAAGAGCGAUGGCUGUGGAAGAGGGGACUACCGUACUCAACAAGAUGGAAAUACUUCUACUUCAUUUGAUUCAAUCGGUUCGAACGAUGAAUAUUGCCAUGCUCACAGGUUACUCUUUCCACAAAAACGGACGUUAUCCUACAAUGGCUGCAAUGCGAGCUCCUGCUAUUUGUGCAAUGCACGAAUUCAGUUGGUCGCAUGGGGACUGUGAUCCAAAGCCAGAAUGGGCUGAAGAAAUGUUGGUAUACAACCGGACGAGCGAAUCAGUUUUCUGUCAUUACGUUGAUGAGACGGAAAAGAUCACGUAUUAUGAAGCAAAAGCUCGUUGCAACAGUUUUGGAGCAGAAUUGACAGGAUUUGACUCGCGAGAUGAAUGGGUUGCAGUAUCUAAAACUUUGAAGACAUGUCAUCACUGGACCGGAGGGAUAACAAAAUAUAAAAGCUAUAAUGUACCAGAAAUCAUUUGGGACGCUGGUGUUGCUACGAACACAGACUAUUUUACUGAUGUUUAUUUUCAAACGACUCUACCCGAUGAACAUCUCUCAUUACUAUGGUCAGAAGCUCAUGUUCACCCGACGUAUCGUAAUUACAUGUACAUGUGCACCAUAUGCGGUAAAGCUGCAAAAUUGGUUCGUUCGGAAGGAAAGGUGUAUGGUCUCAAAACAACUGGAUGA